AUGCUUGGUUUACAACCAUUUAUUUUGAUUUCCAAAGGAGCAAAAGUAAUGUUAACAAUGAAUUUAUGGGCAUCUGUAGGUCUAUGUAAUGGAUCAACAGAAAGCAUCAUUGAUAUUAUUUAUGCAGAAAACCAUGCCCCACCUGAUUUGCCUAUUGCUGUUUUGGUAAAGUUUGAUGACUAUUGUGGUCCUUCUUUUGCAAGUAUUCCCUCCAUUGUUCCUAUUACACCAGUUACUGCCACUGUAAAUGUUCAAGAUAGCAUUCUUGAAAGACGGCAAUUACCUUUAACACUUGCCUGGGCAUUGACAAUCCACAAAAGUCAGGGUAUGACUUUGAAAAAAGCAUGGAUUGAUAUAGGAAAAAGAGAGACCACUUUAGGAAUGAUGUAUGUUGCCAUAAGUCGUGCUCGAAAAUUUAUUGUCAUUAAUAAUAGAACCAAUGACGUUUGGUAG